UGAAACGGUGUCAUGCAGGACGAACUGGUGGUGAAUUGCAAGGAAGGAAGAAAGAAGCAACCCAUCACCACUCCUUCCUUCCUGAGUCUCUACCAAUUUACCACCAUAACCAUUAUAUAAACACGUUCACCUUUCUUUUUUGUGAUCUCUACUCUUACACAUUCACACUUUCUUGGAGUUUUCUUCAUCAUUUUUUACACUUGUAUAAUUUGGAAUCUCGUUUUUCUUCUUCUUCCUCUAUUAAAAUUUUUAAUUAUUCAACUAUAUAUUCUUAUUCUUCAAUUACCUUUUUCUUCUUUAUUCUUAAUUAAUCAAUUUCCUGAUCCUUCUUCGUUAUCUUUAAUCUUCAUUCUAAUUGUUAGUUUCCCAUCUCGGAAUUUUCCUCAUUGUUGAUCUCAAUUCCCACCAUGGGUGAUGCUAAUGUUGUUGAAACCAAAGAUGGAACCAUCUCUGUGGCUUCUGCAUUUGCUGGUCACCAAGAAGCUGUACAGGAUAGAGAUCAUAAAUUCUUGACAAAAGCAGUCGAGGAAGCUUACAAGGGGGUUGAUACCGGAGAUGGAGGUCCUUUCGGCGCUGUUGUUGUUUGUAAUGAUGAAGUAGUUGUCAGCUGUCACAAUAUGGUGUUGAAGCAUACUGACCCAACUGCGCAUGCAGAGGUCACGGCGAUACGAGAGGCGUGUAAAAAGCUUGAUCGAAUCGAGCUAUCAGAUUGCGACAUUUAUGCAUCUUGUGAACCCUGCCCAAUGUGCUUCGGUGCCAUACAUCUUUCGAGAAUUAAGAGGUUAGUGUACGGAGCUAAAGCCGAAGCUGCCAUAGCAAUCGGAUUUGAUGAUUUUAUUGCCGAUGCAUUGAGGGGCACCGGAGUUUACCAAAAGGCUAAUCUCGAGAUCAAAAAAGCUGAUGGGAACGAAGCUGCCAUUGCCGAGCAAGUAUUUGAGAAGACUAAGGCCAAGUUUGCCAUGUAUUGAAAAUUCACAGUUCCUGUUAUUAACAAUAAAUUCAGCUUUUCUAAUUGAACUUCAGGUUUCUGUACAAAAUUAAUCCAGGAAAUGUUUUCCCAUUGGCAAUCUUUCAAAUUUUAAAUGUUUACAGUUA